AUGGGAUUUCCGACGAAGUGGAAGGUGAGGUUGGACCACCAGCAGCGUGGGUACGAGAGCAUGGCGGAACGCCUGGAUGCCCAGCGUGUGGUGAGAAGUUGGUUGGUGAUGGCGAGCAAGUGUCGUUUGAAGGUGAACCCGGAUCCUGAGAGCAGUGAUGGACAUGCUGAUGAAGCGCCUGCAGCGGUGGCGAAGCCGGAUGUGAUUGAUGUGGAAAUGUUUGAGGAUCCGAGUGUCCCUUAUGAACAGUUCCCGGAUGAGGAGAUGCCUCCGGGAUACUUUGAGGAUGAACAACCUAUGGAUGUUGAGAAGGAAGUUGUUGAAAGGUUGGAUUCCCCAGAAGGUUUGACUUUUGGAGUUGGUGAAAAUGAGGCGCUAAAGCUGGCAAAUGUUGUGAAUGCAGUCCUUAUUGAUAAGAAUGCUGCGUUUCCUGAACAGAUGAAAGUGUGUGGAUCCAAAGUUUGGCUGGCAAAAAUGAGGAGUGCUUUGUCUGAGUUGGAUGGGUGUCCAUUGGAUGUCUCUUCAGCUAUGGAUGGCCGGCGUACUGAGCUUGUGAGUAUGGAUUCACACAAAGCAGGAAGGAUUGUGUCUGCUGAUGAGGGACAUUCGUUUGCCAAGAAGCAUGGGAUAAGAAUCAUCCCUACCCGAUGGGUUCUUGGACCCAAGGUUGUGAAUGGGAAAAGGGCAGUGCGCGCCCGAUGUGUGGUGCAGGAUGUGGCAAAGGGUGGUACUGCGUCAUCGCUAGGUUUGAGUGCGACCACGCCGUCGCUGGAGGCAUUACGAACUCUUCUGGCUAUUGCUGCCAAAGAUUCGAUGGAUAUUGCUACCUUGGAUGUCUCGACUGCCUUUUUGCAUUCCCCGUUGCCAAAGGGUGAGAAGGCAGUUAUUAUGUUGCCGCGAGAUGUGAGUUCCAGCCCUGCUGGUUAUGCCCCGGUAUAUAUGAUUCUUGAUCAAGCGAUGAAUGGGCUGAGAGUUGCAGCCAAGGCUUGGAACUUGAAACUGGCAAAUGUGGUCAAGAUGGUUGGAUUGAAUCAGUGUCCAACUGAACCGUCUGUCUUUGAAGGAACGGUGAAGGGGAAACAGUUUCUCAUGCUCUGUUAUGUGGAUGAUUUGAUUCUGUGUGGAAGCCCAGAGGCCAUUAAGUUGGUCACAGAUACCUUGAAUCGCGAGCUCAAGAUCAAGGAAACGGGACGCAUCACUCCCAAUGGAGGAAAGAUUGUGUUCUUGGGAAGAGAGAUUGAAAGGCAUGGUGAGCAUCUUCGGAUGAGAGUUCCCCCGAAGUACAUGGAAAGUUUGUUUGAGACAGACUUUUGCAAGGAUCUGAAGGUGUUGAGCAGCCCUCCGGAUAUUGUCAAGAUCGUCGAAAAGGGUCGCGCUGAUCCUGAAAAGGAUAGUUUGGUUGACGGAGGCUGCUGCGAUGCGCUAUCGAGCAGUUCUUGGCAGGAUCGCUUGGUGGUGUCAGUCUCGUCCGGACCUGGCCCGUUGGAUGUCGAUUCUCUCUCAAGGUCAGUCGAAGCCUACAGUCUACAGCUUGUUUUGAGCAUGCUUUGA